ACCAAUGGCAGACGGGUCCAGAGUAGAUGUGCGGCCAAAGCGACCUCCUCCGAGUAGGUGAUUGGCGCAGCUCCGGGACUCCAACUGGCAACAACGACGGGACUGGAGUAGAUGAAGUUACCUGUCCCGUUGCAGGUCUGGUGAAUCACUGCUGCCUUCAUGGAAGACCGCCGCCUUGCGCUUUUAUAGCGGCAGAUUUGGUUGCCCCAGAGGGAGUACGGUGGUCGUACGAGAGGGAGUAGCGGCAGUCUGUGGUGGACAGACCAGAGCAAGAAAAGAAAGAAAGUGAAAAAAAGGGAAUGGCGUGGAGUUGGAGUGUUGUGGACAGAUUUGCUUGCUUUGCUUCGCUUUUGAUUGAGUGAUUGAUUGUUUGAAGCCCAAGGAAUUUCUUUGGACUGACCCACGGACCCAGUGCGAUUAGGUGGAGACGAAGGAACUCGGGCUCCCGUGGCGUGAUCGCGGAGGCAGCUGGAGCGCGGUCCAUUUCUCUCGCUCUUGCCGUGCCUGCAUGGUUCUUGUCCGCUGGCGAGGGUGAGCAGGAGCGCAGCAGCAGAGUAAGAGGCAGUCGCGAUCAUUCUCUUUGCAGAGGAAGCGCACCGCAACGCAACGCGAGCUGGGCAAGGAAAGUGCGAACGAGAGCAAAGGCUCGAGGGUCUGACAGGAACGAGGUCACAGGACAUCGAGGUUCCGAGAGGCGUACAGACCCGGCUUACACGAGGAAAUUCCACGGGGGCAAGUUUGCUGAAUUGUUGGGUUGAAGUAGAAGGAAGAACGUCAUGGAAAGUCUCAUAGGCCUCGUGAAUAGAAUACAACGAGCUUGUACAGUGUUGGGAGAUUAUGGGGGUGAUAAUGCUCUCCCCACGCUGUGGGAGUCUCUGCCCUCAGUUGUGGUUGUUGGUGGUCAGAGUUCUGGGAAAUCGUCCGUGUUGGAAAGCAUAGUCGGUAGAGACUUUCUUCCUCGUGGCUCAGGGAUCGUUACGAGGAGGCCUUUGGUUUUACAGCUGCAUAAAACAGAUGAUGGUUCCGAUUACGCAGAGUUUCUACACCAUCCGAGAAGGAGAUUUGCUGAUUUCGCGGCGGUCAGAAAGGAAAUAGCUGAUGAAACCGAUAGGGUGACUGGUCGCAGCAAGAUGAUUUCUCCUGUUCCAAUUCACCUGAGCAUAUACUCUCCCAAUGUCGUGAAUCUUACGCUGAUCGAUCUUCCUGGGUUGACGAAAGUUGCCGUGGAGGGACAGCCCGACAGCAUCGUACAUGAUAUAGAGAACAUGGUUCGAUCCUACGUGGAGAAGCCCAAUUCCAUCAUUCUGGCAAUCUCCCCUGCAAAUCAGGACAUCGCAACUUCAGAUGCAAUCAAAUUGGCCAGAGAAGUUGAUCCCGCAGGUGAACGAACGUGGGGAGUCCUUACGAAGUUAGAUCUGAUGGAUAGGGGGACCAACGCGUUGGAUGUUCUGGAAGGACGCUCAUACAGGCUUCAGCUCCCCUGGAUUGGAGUUGUGAAUCGUUCUCAAGCUGACAUAAAUAAGAACGUCGACAUGAUAGCAGCUCGGCGAAGGGAACGAGAGUAUUUUCAGAGCAGUCAAGACUAUGGACAUUUGGCAGGCAAAAUGGGAUCUGAAUACCUUGCGAAGAUGCUUUCGAAGCAUUUAGAAGCUGUAAUCAAGUCUCGUAUUCCCAGUAUUUUGGCUCUUAUCAACAAAACCAUUGACGAGUUGGAAGGAGAAAUGAGUCAUCUCGGAAAACCUAUCGCUGUGGACGCCGGAGUCCAGCUCUACACCAUAUUAGAACUCUGCAGAGCCUUCGAUCAUGUGUUUAAGGAUCAUCUUGAUGGAGGGCGACCUGGAGGUGAACGUAUUUAUGGUGUGUUUGACAAUCAGUUACCCGCUGCCCUGAAAAAAUUGCCAUUUGACAAGCACUUGUCCAUGCAAAAUGUGAGAAAAGUUGUAACAGAGGCCGAUGGUUACCAACCACAUUUAAUAGCUCCUGAGCAGGGUUACCGGCGUUUAAUUGAAAGCUCUAUCGCUUACUUCAAAGGACCUGCCGAGGCAGUCGUUGAUGCGGUCCAUUUCAUUCUCAGAGACUUGGUUCGUAAGUCCGUCAGCGAAACUCAGGAGUUGAAGCGCUUUCCUACAUUACAAGCAGAACUAGCUGCGGCAGCUACCAAAGCGCUAGAGGCUUAUAGAGAAGAUAGCAGGAAGACCGCUCUGAAAUUGGUUGAGAUGGAGGCUAGUUAUCUCACAGUAGAUUUCUUCAGGAAACUGCCUCAAGAAAUGGAGAAAGGUGGGAAUGCAGGAGCUGCUAGCAUGGAUCGUUACACCGAUGCGCACCUUCGACGCAUAGGUUCCAACGUCUCAGCAUACGUCGGAAUGGUGAUGGAUAUACUUAGAAAUUCAAUACCUAAAGCGGCAGUACACUGUCAAGUUAGAGAAGCCAAGCGUUCACUAUUGGACACUUUCUAUACAAAUAUCGGGAAGAAAGAGGGGAGACAGCUGAGCGUCUUAUUGGACGAAGACCCAGCAACGAUGGAAAGAAGACUAGCUUGCGGCAAGAGGCUUGAAUUGUAUAAAAACGCCAGGGAUGAGAUAGAUUCUGUGGCCUGGGCAAAUGGUGAUUCACAAGCGAAACCGAACUUAUUUGGCGACCUACCCCAUUCAAGACAGAUGGAGAUCUACCCCGACCGCGGAGAUGGAUACUCUCAGUCACCUCGGCACGCUCGGCGAUCAAGUGGACAGACGGGUAGGCAGACUUUUGCAGAAGACGACAUCCAGGUGUUAGGUCAGAUGAUCGAGCAGGCAUCCGACUCUACCGGUCAGAGACGAUGGAAAACGUUGACAUCCGAACAAAUGAGAACACUUGGGAAUGCGAUCGGGGCAUAUAAAAAUUCGCCGCGGACAUCACGUCGUUCGUCCUCAUAAGAGAUCACGAUGUGUUUCAUACGUUCAUCAGUCUGACAUGGAAGUAGGCAAUGACUGCGAACGAUUUUGUGUACAAUUUGCCCGUUUCACUGUCAUUGCUCCACGGAGCGAUACCACUUAACAUGCAUCGCGUUAAGAGGUCGUCUUGCAAAGUCGGUCCUUGAGUGGCGCGACUCGUGCAGGUGUACAGGGACGAUGCAGUGGACACUUUUCGAAAGACACGCUGUGAUCAGGUUGAGACUUUUGAGUGUGACAGCUCUGUGUCGAUAGAGAGAUGGCUGCGGACGAAUGGCUCAUUGGUCACUCCAUCACUAUUUACUAGUUGGCUCUUGACUGUGAAACACCAUUUAUUUUUUCAAGCUGCUAGUGGAUGGGAUUUCUGAAAGCUUAGAUUCUUCUGCUUAUUUUAUUAUGGAAGAACCAAUUCGUUCUUGCUAAUUUACAUAGCUUCUUGCUAAUUUUCAUAUCUCCGGUAGACCUUUGCAGAAAGAGACUCUGCAAGACUGUUGACUUUAAUGUUAGACAAGCUAGGCUGAUGUAGGUAUUGCGAUCAUAUUUUUGCCGAGAUUUUGUCGACAUUUAUAUAGACGAGCUAGGCUGUAGUAAACAUUGCGACGGUAUUUCGCCGAGAUUUUGUUGCUCCCUUCACAUACUUUGUAAUUAACAUGAAGAAGGUUAAACCCUCGGG